AUGGGCAAAGGCACGGACAAACUCUACAUUACCCACAGCGAGUGGUCAUCUGAAGAUGCUUUCUCUGCCAGCGCUGGCGCAAAUGCGAGGAAGGCUGCGAACGCUGGUGCCGGCGCCAAUUUCAAACGACUUCCUUUCAAUUUUUGCGCCGUAUCGCUCCAACCAUUCGAACAUCCAGUAUGCACAGCCGACGGCACGAUAUUCGACUUGACGAACAUUCUGCCAUGGAUUCGCAAGCACGGCACAAACCCGGUGAACGGGCAGCCUUUGAAGAGUGCAGAUUUGAUCAAGCUCAAUUUCUUGAAGAAUGAGGAAGGCGAGUUCGUGGAUCCAGUGACCUUCAAAGUGAUUACGGACAACACACAUCUGGUUGGAAUCAAAACGACAGGGAAUGUUUUCAGCUAUGAUACAGUGGAGAGACUGAACAUCAAGGCCAAGAACUGGAGGGAUCUGCUCAACGAUGAGGAAUUCAAGCGAAGCGAUAUCAUCACGCUACAAGAUCCUCAAAAUAUUGAGUCAAGGAACUUGAGCCAGUUCAAGUAUCUGCAGGACGGCCAAAGCACACUCACGCCAGAGCAGGAGGCGGAGCGAAGUGCUGGAGUGAACGACCAGAAUUUGGGGUCAGCAGCAAAGAUACUGAAGGCAAAGGAGGCAGUUGCGAAAGCGAGAGCCGACAGAGAAAAAGCUGCGAAUAGCCCCUCCACAGAAGGCCAAGCACUCGCGAAUGCGCGUAAAGCACAUGCAGAGACUGCCAAGUCAUCGAGAACAACGAAGCCGACACCGUACAAUGCCGCGCAAUAUACGAAUGGUUUGGCGGCUGCCUCCUUUACGAGCACUGGAAUGACACCAAAUACUUCGACUGAGCGAGCUAUAAUGACCGAUGAGGAAUACAUGCUGAAGCCAAAGCGCGUCAAGCAGAAAGGCUAUGCACGAAUAACAACAAACUUAGGCGCCAUGAAUAUUGAGCUGUACCCAGAAUACGCACCAAAAGCUGUUUGGAACUUCAUCCACCUUGCCAAACGUGGUUAUUACAAUGGCAUCAAUUUUCAUCGAAACAUCAAGAACUUCAUGAUUCAAGGUGGUGACCCCUCAGGCACCGGAAGAGGCGGACAGUCAUGCUGGGGCAAGACUUUCGUCGAUGAAUUCGAGGGACCGCUGGUGCAUGACUCACGGGGCGUACUUUCCAUGGCGAACAAGGGGAAAGACACAAACACGAGCCAGUUCUUCAUCCUAUAUCGGCAAGCGAAGCACCUGGAUCGCAAACAUACGAUAUUCGGCAGAGUAGUCGAAGGACUGGAUACCUUGGAUCGGCUGGAGAAGGUUGAGGUGGAUGACAAGAGCCGGCCGCUCCAGGACCUCGUGAUGGAAGAUGUGGUUGUGUACGUCGACCCAUUCGAGGACUUUUUGAAGCAGAGAGACGAGAAAGAAGCGGAUGAGGCUCGGAAGGAGAGAAUACGGAAGGAGGGUGGUACUGAGGAUGAUCGAACGACGUGGACUGGAAAGAGGAUCAGAGCAGACGGCAAGGUGGAGAAUGGUGGCGGUGCUGGUGGAGUUGGGAAGUAUAUGAAGCAGAGCGCCCCUGCGGAAGAAGAUGAGGUGGUCGGUGAGUGGGAUGAGCCAGAGCCUCCGCCGAUCAAGAAGGCCAAGAAGGGCGGCGGAUUUGGCAAUUUCGAUGCUUGGUGA